CAAAUCCAUGGAUCGGUAAUCCACGUUUUCGCGCCCCCGAUGUAUGCCAGUCCCCCCCUUUAUCGUUGCCCCUCAGGAUCCUGAACAACCGGGCGGCGUGCGCGCAGCAGCUGCACGAGUGGGGGGACGUGCUAGCCGACGCCACCGCCGUGCUGGAGCUGGAGCCGGGCAACUUCAAGGCGCUGCUGCGCCGGGCGUUCGCUGCCGAGGCUCUGGAGCAGUUCGACAGUGCCUUCGCCGAUGCGAAGGAGGCCCUGCUGCAGGAGCCAGGCCACCCGCAGGCCAGCGGCAUCCGCAAUCGUUGCCGCGACCUGGCGGCCGAGGCGGCCGAGGCGCGGGCGAGGCGGAGACUGAGGCCGGAGGCGAAAGAGAAGACGAUGGAUGAGUCCAUGGCGACGUUCCGCUAUGAUGACAUGGAGGUUCUCAGCAGGGGCUUCCCCUGGUCUUCAAGCGACUUCAUUUCGGGAGAGGAGGAGAACCUCGCUCUGCUCCUGGAGUUCGAGCGGGAGUUUGCCAGCCAGGUCCAUACAGGUCCGCCCCACUGGUGGGGUCUUGACGACGCCUUGGCGGAUCCAGAGAACCUCCGGAUGGCCAUGGACAUCCAGGUAGCCUACAUUAAGAAUUACCAGCUCGACCGCGCGGACGCGGUGGCACGCUACGCGCUGGCCGCGGCGAAGCAGAGGGGGCUGCCGUGGAACGUGAAGGCGCUGCAGGAUGCCGCGACCCUGCGGAUGAAGCAGGACAGGCAGGUCGAGGCCGCGGUGCUGCUGGAAGAGAUCAACGACCUUGUGCCGCCCCACCCGAUUCAUCACAAGAACCUGGGCACAUGCUACAAUUCCCUGAAGCAGCAUCAGCGCGCGCUGGAACACUUCCAGGAGGCCGUUCGGCUCAAGGACGGCGAGAUGGACCACAGCGACCGCUGGGACAUCGGCAUCGCCAAGAAGAACCUGAAGGAGUUCGACGAUGCCGCCCAGCUGCUCGUCGACGCCCUCGAGGGCUCCAGGAAGGACCGCGGCGACCCCGUCGAGCUCGCCAAGCUGCACGACUCGGUGGGCGGCUGCUACCUCGAGAUGGGCGAGCACUACCGCAAGGAGUGCCAGUACGCCAAUUGGGCGGAGCCGCACUUCCGGGAGUCGGAGCGCCUGUUCCGGGAGGCAGUCGGGACCGGCUCGCCGCUGUGGCAGGGCGCGGUGAAGCUGUUGUCGACCUCUCUGCGGCUGCAGGGAAAGUACGGCGAGGCUGUUCCGUGGCUCAGGGAGGGCAUCCGUGUCGAGGCGGAGAAAGACUCCAUCCACCCGACGCCGCUCCACGACAUGAUCGAAGACCUGAGCUGGCUGGCCGAGAGGGGCGCGCUGGAGAACCGGCCCCAGUACCACGAGCUGUUCGAGCGGGCGCUGCAGAAUCUGAAGCGCGCCGGCCGCGGCGGCGAUGGGAAUGCAGGGAUGGUCAUGCACAAGGUGGCGCGCUUCCUCAUGCUUUCGGGGCCCGAGUACAGGCCGUCCGCGCUGCUCUACUUGCAAGAGGCAUUGCAGCUGAUCCGCCAUCACGACGAGGAAGUGGACCUCUCUGGCCACUGUGCGCUCUUAGAGAUCGAGAUCCACUUCUGCGAAAUGCUUUUGAAGGACAAUAUGCUCGCCAUCUGCGAUGGCAAAUGCUGAGGGCUGCUAUUCAGACUGAUGCGGGCACAUCAGAUUUGUCGAGAGACCAGGGCGUUUCAAAGCAGCGUGGCACCCCAACAUACAAAUAAUCGCAUUUGCAGUGUAAACAAUAUGCUUGCAAACUUAUAUCAGAUGUUCAUACAUGCGACGUCGGUUUCGUGACGUAUUCGAGGGCAUGUAUUCUCGCAAUCUUCUCUAGCGCGGCAUUCCAGCUUGCGUAAAAACUGUCGCUUCUCCAGCGGAUUCAAAGCCUUCGAGUAAUUGCCACAAGCUGGAGGCCGUCACGUCGGACGGAUAUAUUCUUUUUGAGGCUCACGUAUUUCCGAGUGGUCUGAGACUGUGUCUUUGGAUGCGUAGCUGAAGUGGGCGAC